AUGUCAAACAUCAGAUAAAGACUUACUCCCUCAAAAAUUAAACCGAAUGAUCAAAAUACUGAGAAACCUCGCAAAUUGAAUUAAUGUGUUAAUCAUUAAAACAAAAAGGCCAAAUAUCAUGUUGUGAAGGAUUCCUCUCUCCAAUUAUGUUCCAAAUGUGCUGUUAACAUGGUGGGUAAAGGAAUGAAAGUUGAAGAAAUUCCAGGGCUAGAGGAUGACUAUAGAAGAGACCAAAUCCUUAAAUUUAUCACCUCGGUCAAUAAUUCAAUACCUUAGAUAGACAGACUAAUGAAUGCCCUGAUCGCUAAACGAGAAGAUAUUCAGAAGUAUUAUGAUUAAUAAAGAGAGAAAGUCGAAAGAUUCCACGUUUAAAUUAGUUAAUGUUUGGAAGAUGAGAAAAUGCGAUUGCUUUAACAAUUAUUCACUAACUUUAAAACUCUAUCCAAACAAUAUGAUGACUCAAUAUCUUGUUUAUAAUUGUCUAGGUCUGAAACCAUUAGCAUGAAAACCGAUGUCGAAACCAAUCUCGACGGUAUUCUCAGACAAAUGCAAAAUGAACCUUUUAAUGAAAUUAUGACUAGCUAUAAUAAGAAUCUACAUUUAUUUAUUGACAGAACUGAAUGCAUUCAAAAAACACCCAUUGAAGUCUUGAAAGUUACUCUCAAUGAACCAAUCAACAUUACACAUCUUAUGACUGUACAUUCACUCAAAACUUGUUUAAUAAAGAAAAAUCUCCAUGAACAAAAAAAUAAAAUAGAAUCCAAUGAUAGUGUCUAUGUCAGCUUUGAAAACAAGGAGCAAUUCACUCAACCUAAAUUACCCAAAAUGGCUCCAUCUCUGAGUAAGACUCCCAAGAAGGAUCAAGAAUACGUCUCCCCCUUUGAAAUCAAGACUGAAGAAAUCUAUGAGGAAGGUCAUUCUUAAAUGAUCGAACGAGAUGACAUUGAAAACUCUUAUCAGAUGAUGUUGAUUGACAAUCAAUCAGAAUCCGAAGACUAGAAACCUGAACCAGACAUCAUCAAAUCUUUUUGUCCAUCUAACAUGAAUACAAACACGUUAAAUCCUAAUAAUAAAGUUUAUGUAUCCAAAUUAAUUUCAAGAGCUAAUGAAAAAAACGAUAAAAAAAUUGAUAAAAACUAUGCCUUCAAAGCAAUGAAUACUUCCCUUAAAUUAGUAUGA